ACAGCCCCAGUAUAACGAGAAUCUUGUCCUUUCUGAAGGUCACCUGCUGCGAAGGUCAACAGGUGCACGUUUCGCGCCUUACCCGUCAUGCUCGGCGCCGCGCCUGCGCACUACCCGUGACCAAUAUGGCUGCGCCCUGCUGAUUUGGCGGCAAAAACAAAACUUGGACACGUCGGCAGAAGCCAUGGAGCAUCUCAGCACCUUGAAGCAAAGGCUGAAGAGUUGGGAGGCAGAGUUUGUGUCAGAAAACAGUCGCAAACCCAACAAGGAUGACAUCGCUGCUGCCCCACAAGACGUAAAAGACACCUACAAAGAGUACUACAGUCUGAAGAAAAGACAGGAGCAGGAAAAGGUAGACGAUGUGUGGGGCUCGAGCCUGAACAAACCUGCCACGCCCGACCAUGUGGAGGAGACCAGGACACAGACCAAGGUUUCCCUGGUGGAGACUUACAGCAGGAAACUCAAGCAGAGGUCGGGGCUCAUGUCUGUUAAGAGCAUGCCCACGUCUCUCAAGAGUAAGACGGCUGUCAAGGAUGACUCCAAGGCAAAAGAAAACCCUUCAAGCCUAGGAAAGUUUCCAAGCCUCCGCACACCAUCUAAGACGUCCCAACAUGUUACAACACAGGAUGGAGACACUUCAGGUGUUGCGGAUGACACCCGCCAUGAAGAUGACAGCGAAACAGGUGAAACAGGUGAAACAGGUGAAGCUAUAUGUUUUCACAGGACUCCAAAGAUGGUACGCAACAAAACCCCGCUGACCACGCGACCCGGGAUGUCGUGUAACGUCCCGUUCGGACAGCAGAACGCAAAGCUGAGGAACAGGUUCGACACUGCCUGGUUACAGAGGUGUGCGAAGGGCGCUGGCGGUGACUAUGCAGCAACGUUUGAGCCAGACACUCCUGAAAGCAAGAAGUCUGUCCAAGCAACGGUGAACCAUCCUGAGAUGCUGGGAGAUACAGAAGCGUUCACAGACAGGUUUGUACCUGAAAGUGAAAACAAAGAGUUCAACUCUUUGACUGGUGAUGUUAGUGAGACAAGUAUGUCUAGUAGUUGUUCACAGCCAAGUUUUGUUGCAAGUGAAAGUGCUGUUUGUAACUUUACUUCUCAGAGAACGUCUACGCCUCGUGGUGAAGGUAAGAAAUGGACCAAACACGGCAGCCAGGACUACAGCCUUGCCAGUACGACUGAGAGGGGUAGUUUAGAAUUUGAUGAUAUGGAAGUAGACCAAAUACACGCUGAUACUGCACCCAAAAUAUCAUCUACAGUGUCUGUUUCUAAAUCUGAAACAAUGAUCAGAACACCAAGGACUAAAAAUGUCAACAAUCCGGUUGAAAGUGCAAGCAAGAAAGUUUCUGGAACUCGAAUGAAGAGGAAAGUAGAGGAGCUAGAAGAAGACUUGCCAGAAGUACGAGACAAAGAAGAUUCUCCUAUGAGAAAACCAGCUCCAAGAAAGAGGAGAAAAGUGUCUUCAGGAGCCGAGACACAAGAAACAUCAAGCAAGAAAAAACCCAGGAAGAAAGCAGCAAAGGAAAGUGACCUUUAUGAGUUUGAUGAUGACAUGGAAGAAGGGAAGGAAAGAGGGACAGAAGGAGGAAUGAGGGAAGAGUCUGGAGAGAAGCAGAAGAGUCUUGAAGAUCUGAUUGAAGAAGAUGAGGAGAAAGAAGUGAAGAAAGAAGGAAACAUGAAGAAGAGAUUCUCUGCUCCAAGAUCUUCAGGCUCCUCAGCAGGGGCCGCUCGGAAGGACAACUUUGUUCGGCUGAACAUGAAGAGGAAGACGUACAAGCGGAAGGGCGGGCAGAUGACUGGAGGGAAGUAUCGCAGGAUGAUGUGGAAACAGAGGAUGAAGGGGAGGGACCAAUCACAGGACGUCUGCUUCAAGUGUGGGCAGCAGGGGCACUGGGCGACCAAGUGCACCGCGAACGGCAAAGUGAGCCAGCGAGCGAAGGAUGAUUGGACCAGCGACCCAGAGAUGGAGGGAGGAGAAGAAGUGGAAGCGGAGGCGAGCCCGUUCCCAUCCCUGGAGGACGCUGCCAUGAUGGCUGUAGGCAGGAGACCCAGCUCAGUGGGAGGGACGUCCGGGGGACGGAAUCCUCAACAGCCUGAAGCGGCCAGUGCACCAGACAGCCAGACUGCAGAGUGUCCUGCUGAACCCCAGCCUGCCGAGGACUUUGUGUCCCUCCCCGCCCCCGCCUACGAACCCCCUCCUCCCCCACCCCCCAUGGAACCUCUCUACCCCCCUGCGGAAGAUGGAGAGCUACAGGGCAUGUCCACGUUGGUAGUACUCUCCACGGGCGCGGGAAAGUCGCUCUGUUACCAGCUGCCAGCCUACAUGUACGCCAAGAGGUCAAAGUGCAUCACCUUGGUGAUAUCUCCGCUGGUGUCACUCAUGGAUGAUCAGGUGACCGGUUUGCCGUCCAAACUGAAGGCCGCUUGUCUCCACUCCAACAUGACACAGAAACAGCGGGAGAACGUGGUGACCUUGAUCUUGGAGGGAAAGGUACCCUUUCUUGAUUCGCUGGUGAGCCUCCUGAAGGGUCGCCGUUUUGCGGAGUUGGACUCUAUCAUCAUCUACUGCACGCGACGCGAGGAGACUGAAAGGAUCGCUGCGCUCGUCCGAACCUGCCUGCCGUUUACACCGCCCUCCGCACCAGACAGCGCAGAAGGGAAGGGCAAGAAGAAGUCUAAAGAGAAAGGCCCGCCCCAGGUGAAGUGGCUGGCUGACUGUUACCACGCCGGGAAGUCCGCCGCCCAGCGUCGGCAGAUCCAGAAACGCUUCAUGUCGGGAGAGCUGCGUAUCGUCGUGGCAACGGUCGCGUUCGGCAUGGGGCUGGACAAGUCCGACGUGCGCGCCAUCAUCCACUACAACAUGCCGAAGAGCUUCGAGAACUACGUUCAGGAGAUCGGGAGGGCGGGCAGGGAUGGGAAGCCCUCACACUGUCAUCUCUUCCUUAAUGCUGAUGGCUCGGACCUGUGUGAGUUGCGGCGCCACACCUACGGCAACUCAGUUGACAGGACGACAGUGAAGAAACUGCUGAGGAAAGUUUUCCCGCGCUGCCGGUGUCGUGAGAAGCUACGGCAGCAACGGGAACGAGAGAGAGCUGCACAGGUGCCAGAAUUUGAAGAAGACGGUAUAGACUACGCCAUGCUGUCUGAAGAUGCUAACAGCCCAGCACAAGUCUCCACUGGUCCUGACUGUCCAAACAAUGACCAGAACACAGCCUCUGCAGUGUCCAGCCAUCCAACUGCAGACAGUUCAGAGGCCCCCCUGGCUUGUAGCUGCCCUGGGCAUGUGGUGGCAGUGCCUGUAGAGGCAGCUGUGCAGGCACUGGACAUGACAGAGGAAGUGUUUCUUGCCCCCUCCCCCCUCAGCGUAUCGCAUGACGAGUUCUGGCACUGUGCGGAAGAAGUGGACCGGGCUCGGAGCGAGCAGCUCAAGGUCACCCUGAGGGAGUACUUCGAGAAGGAGCCGACACUUAACGUUUCUUCAGACAGCUGUGGGGAGGAGCAGGAGGAACAGAGGAGGUCCUUUCCACUUCCCGGAGUGGUUCUGAACCUACUGAAGGGGCACUUUGAGAAGGAGCUGACACUUAACGUUUCUUCAGACAGCUGUGGGGAGGAGCAAGAGGUGGAACAGGUGUGGUUUGGCGGCGUCAAGUUGAUGGUGGCUGAUGUAAAGCGUACCCUGAGGCACCACCAGGAAGCCAUGGACUCCAGACAGCGCACCAAACCAGCGAGAGGACCGCAGUGGAUGCCAAACAUCCAGCCCUACAUGCAGCCCGGACAACACCCCCCACCCCACUGGAACACUCCACGGGACCCGUCGCAGAUGUACUCGAGGCACCCAGCACGUGCACCAAGCCACCAGAGGACCGACUGGAACCACACGAGAGACAAACAGCAGACUGUGGAGAAGCUGCUACAUAUGCUGACGGACUUCCUCAAGCAGUGA